GUAAAUUGUCGUUUUAAGACUGUCUGGCCUCAGAACUUUUGCCGCUGUUCUAAACUCCUAACCACAUUGCAUUAGCAGGUACCGCUGAAGAAGCCGCUAUUAUACCAAAGGUAACGCACUUCAUUUUUGACGGAUCCCACCAAAUGGUCGAUUUAUGUAUCCCGACGUUGUGAAAUUGAUUUCCGGCAGUCUCGUUCCAUAAACCUACGAUGUCUUCAAGAGCAAAAAAAGUUGAACAAGAAGAUGAAUAUAUUGUGGAAAAAAUUGUAGAUAAAAGAGUCAUAAAUAAUAAGGUGGAAUACUUUCUCAAGUGGCAUGGCUAUGAUGAAACAACCAAUACUUGGGAACCUGAAGAAAAUCUUCAUUGUGAAGAGUUAAUCAGAGAUUUUGAACAAAAACAAAAAGAAAAGGACAGAAAUAAAAAGGAAGAAAUUGAACGUGGUCAUAAAUAUCCACUAUCUAAUUCAACCGUUACAAGUUGUGCAUCAUCAGAAGCUGGUCCAAGUAAAGAACGUACGAACAAUUCAUUUCCUCAAACAAUGAUAGAAGUUGAAAAGACUGAUGAGUCAAACAAAUCUGACUUGACCGUAAAUAAUGACAAUAUUGAUGGUAGUGAGAAAAAUAUGUCAGAGAAGAUGGAAAAUAAUGUAACUAAUCAAACUAAGAAAAUAGUUGAGAAAAUUAUUAGUGCAGGUUUUUUGAAUGGACAAUUGACGUUUUUAUUGAAGUGGGAAGGAAUUGAAAAACUUGAUGUAAUCCCUGCUGAAAAGGCUAAUUUAAUGUGCCCACAAAUAGUAAUCAAGUUCUACGAAGAAAGAGUUGGAUGGCGUGCCUUUUGUGAUGAUAAAUUUGAUAUUAACUAUGAUAUUAUGGAUAAGGUAGACAACCAUUAAAAAAAUAACUUUAAUUUUAUAUAAAAUUCUAUGGUAAAUAUUUUCAAUUAUUUUACUUUAUGAUUAUUUGUG